GGUUAUAGUUCACAAUAUUUAUUAUACAUUAAACAACCAGCUUAUAUAUAAGGAAUAUCUAACAUAGUCCCCGCAACAAUGAUAACACUUCGAACCACACCGGAAAUCCUAGGUCAUCAGGAGCUGAAAUCAAUGCCGCUGUACCGCGCCGCGGCCGCCGAAUUCUUGGGCACCCUGAUGCUGGUGAUGGCUGCCUGCGCCUCUGCUAUGAGCAGCGGCCUUACCCUCAGUGCAGCCCUCGCACCGGGACUUAUGCAGGCUGCAAUCAUACAGGCGAUUGGCCACAUCUCUGGCGGUCACGUCAACCCUGCCGUGACGCUGAGCUUCUGCUUGUGCCGCAACGUCUCUGUGGUACGCGGGCUGUUCUUCCUGGUAGUACAAGUCGCCGGUGCAAUUACUGCAUCUGGGAUACUGUACAGCGUCGUUCCCAACAUAUAUCACAAUAAUCUUGGAAUCGCUACGAAGAACGACGACAUUUCAAAUGCCCAAGCUUUUGGUGUAGAAGUUCUUGUGACGUUCAUCUUUGUCUUGACCAUUCAAGGUUCGUUUGGAUGA